GAAAACCAACCUCUCCUCUUGUAUGCUUACUUUGAAACUUUUAGUGUGACCCAAGUUGAAAGUCACGUGGUCACGAAGCAGUUCCGUGUUGUUGAAAUCGAAGAGACUUAUUCAGAUAGUGACAUGAGAUGUAAUUCUGUGAGUAGCGAAUCCGGUGACGAUUCUGACUACUUGGGAAAGUACAACAGGGCUGUCAUUCGGCGGCAGGCUGAAGAUACGCUUGACGAUGCAGUUGACAAUUUUGUUCGAAGGAACGCUGACCAGGGCUUUGCGGCAACUAAUCACUCGGGCACACAAAUCAAUCUGUGGGGUCAAGUUCCCGGUCUCAACUGGGAUGUCCGGUCGCAGAAUUCGGCAAACAUCUACGGAUCUUACUAUCCAACUCCACAACCAACCUAUAUUCAGAUGCCAUACCAGGCCCCAAGUACCGGACUGGAAAAUGCUGUCACUCACCAACAGUUGACCGCCAUUGCUGGACAUUUGACGCAAAGUUUUGUUCCAAGUUCAUGUCUUGACGUUCUACCAUUCGUAACCCAGUGUAUCGAUCAGACGCGCCACAUGACCGUUGCAGAAGUUCGCGAAUCGCUCAAGCAGUUGUCGGAGAAAAUACGUCAACCGGAUGUCAAUCGUUUGGGCUCACGUCCACUUCUGGCCAUCAGUCAAGGCGAAGGUGACUUGAAAGCUCAACUUGACCACAUAUACAGUCACCUGCUUGAAUAUACCAUGAGAGACCCAGAAUUAUCUAUGCCUAUUUCGCAGGCCAAAAUGGGUAAGGUUUUGUCUGCCGAGUUUGACGAGGAUGAAUACUCCUUUCUGCUUACUGUUCAACUUGAAAAGCCAGGGGCACCAAAACGCCGAAAACCGCUCAGAGAAAGAAUACGAGAACAAAGUGCUCCUCGUAAAUCUCCCGAUAUGGAAGACACAAAACCUGUGAAGGAAACCAGACCGACAACGGCAAAGAGUGAGCAGGCGACCGCAUCAAAACAACCAUAUCAGAAGGAGUAUGUUCAAAGUGAAAGAAAACCAUCCCCAAAGAAGGAAGAUAAAGAGGAGAGGACUGAAGCUGAACCUCCCAAACAGAAAGCCCCAGAGCCGUACUUUGUUACUGAAGAAGUGGAGUACUCACCAACAUUAAAACCCUAUCCAAACUUCAAUGCUCCUGAUGAUUGCGAACGCUUGCGCAAAGCUAUGAAGGGAAUUGGUACAGAUGAGAAAACUAUCAUAGAAAUCAUGGGAGCUCGAACCGCAAGCCAAAGGACUCAAAUUGUACUACAGUUCAAGACCAUGUACGGGAAAGAUUUGAUCAAAGAAUUCAGUUCAGAACUGAGUGGCCGAUUCUACGAUUGUGUUGAGGCCUUGUGCUAUAGUCCGGCCGAAUUCGAUGCCAGACAAUUACGAAAGGCGGUUAAGGGGAUGGGUACGGAUGAGAGCGCGCUGAUUGAAAUCCUCUGCUCUAGAACAAACGACCAAAUUCGCCAGAUCAAAGAAGCCUACACCAAAGUUAAUCCUGGACGUGACCUUGAGAAGGAUGUAAUCAGCGACACAUCCGGCAAUUUCAAACGCAUCAUGGUGAGCCUACUGCAAGCAAACCGCGAUGAAAGUCUCACAUUCGACCGAAAUGCUGCACGACGGGAUGCAGAGGAUUUGUAUGAAGCCGGGGAGAAGAAUCUUGGAACCGACGAGUCCAAAUUUAACAUGCUCUUGGCGUCAAAGUCAUUUGCAUACUUGCGUGCUGUUUUUGUGGAAUACGCGAACGUCAGCAAAAGCGAUAUUGAGACGUCCAUUAAAAAGGAGAUGAGUGGUGAUCUUCGCAAAACAAUGUUGGCUAUUGUACAAUGCAUUCAGAACAAACAGAGCUACUUCGCUAAGGAACUGAUGAAAUCCAUGAAAGGUUUGGGGACAAAGGAUGAGACACUUAUUCGCAUCAUUGUCUCGCGUUGUGAGAUGGAUAUGGGGAAAAUAAAGGAAGAGUUUCAAAAGGAAAGCGGGAAGACGCUUGAAUCAUGGAUUUCUCGAUCCAUUCAGCUAUACUGGAGAGUGCCUCGCGACACUCACAGAGUCUCUCAUACCAGGUUGGGGGUUGGAACAUGUGGCGACUUGUUCCGUAGAAAUGGUAAUGCAUUUGCAUUUCCCGCCAAACACUGCUGCCUUGUGGUUAGGCUUUUGAGCCAAAGGCUUUGGUUGAGGACCCUAAUCGUCCUCCUGUCUAGGUGUGGGCACCCUGGCAGUAUCCCAGCCCACGUACAACCAUGA